CGCAACCCCACGCCGGCGGCGAGCGCGAGGGGCGGAGCCUGGCGGCGUGAGCCGGGACGCGCGGCGGGGUUGCCCGGGAGAGGAAGGCGCUCCAGUUCCGGGUCAGGCCCGGUUCCCGCCUCCCUCGGCCUGCGCCAUGGCGAGCGGCAGCGGCGCCGGGGCGGCGGGGACAGCGGCGAACCUCAGUGCGGUGAGGGAGACCAUGGACGUUCUGCUUGAGAUUUCAAAAAUUUUGAACACUGGCUUAGAUAUGGAAACUCUGUCUAUUUGUGUACGACUUUGUGAACAAGGCAUUAACCCAGAAGCUUUAUCAUCGGUCAUUAAGGAGCUUCGCAAGGCUACUGAAGCACUAAAGGCUGCUGAAAAUACAAGCUGACUUUCUGGAGAAAUCUUGAUAAGAUUUGUCAAGCUCUGCAAGAGGAUUUGAAGAUUGCAUUGUUGUCAAGAAUGUAUAGUAAAAUUACUGCAUGCAGCAGUGUAGAAAAAAAUUCCUUUUAAAAAGAAUAUAAAACCAUAGCUUUAUAAAUCAAUGGAAAGUGGCUUACAGAAGGAACUAUCAAUGUGUUUACAUCACAUCUUACUCAUUUUUUUAAAUAGCCCUGAUGCUUUGGCAUUGCUGUGUCCAUAGUUACAUAUUCCUUAUUUAUAGCUCUGAUAGCUUUAAUUUUCUAAGCAGUCUGUCUGGCAGCUGUGCACAUCUGCUGUGCCUGGUUGAAGUAUAGUGGAACCCAUCAGCAGGGAUGUGCGCUAGUUAUGACUUGUUGACAUUUCCAUUAUAAACUUUAAUUUUGAAUUGUUUAUGCAUAACAAGUGUGGAUUUAUGUUGUGUUAGGCCGAAAGUUGACACGAUUUCAGCCACCAUUGUGAAUUUUGAUUUAGAUUUCUUAUGCAUACCAGAAUCUUGUUUUUAAAAUAAGAGCAUAGAGAACAUUUCUUGUAAUCAGCUCUUUAACAAAGAACAUUUAGUUUUUAAAAGUUUCGGUAGUUAGUGUGAGCCAGUCAUUUUUGUAUUAAAUAAAAAAUAAAACUUCUAGGAACUUUAAAAUUUUAAAAGUACUGACUGUGCUUAGUGUAAUAUUAUUUUUAGUUUAAAUCAUUUAAAUCUAAUAGGAAUACUGGGGAUUUUUUCUAAGUUUUAUAUCCUAUAAAGGCCUACAAAAUAAUUUAUAAAAUGAAAUGUAGCCAACAUGCAAAAUUCCUUUUUACUUUUAUUACAUAAAAGUAACUGGAAUGCUAACCUAAUAAUCUUGAGUGGUUAUUUAAAUUAGUAGGCAGUAUGUUUCAACAAAUAUUUAACUUUAUUUUUUUGGUAUAUUUUAGAUAUACAUAAUGAAUUUAUACUGUACGUGAUAUAUCUUGCUUUUUUUCCCAUUCCCCUCUCCUCCCUUCAGCCCUCUUCUCCUCAGUUACAGAAGCUAACAAAUAUUUUAUUUUCUAAAGAAGUAAAGAUUUAUAGUCAUUUUAAAACCAGAUAAGUGUGGUUAAGGAAUUAUAAGUAUGGUUUCCAAAAUCUUCAUUUGCCUUUAUUUUUAUCCUUGAAAUUUUAACUCAUCAGAGUGAUGUUCUGAGAAUGAAUUUUAGAAAAUUUAGGAUAGGGCCGGGAAUUUAGCUCAGCAGUGUAAGUGCCUGGCAAGUGCAAGGUGGUAAGUUUGAUUCCUAGUACCAAAAAAGAAAAGAAAAGAAAGAAAGAAAAUUAAGGUAGAAUUGGUUCUGUUGCUAUAACAGAAUCUCAGUGAAAUUUUUUUGCAAAGCUAAUAGAAUCCUAUUUUACUAUUUCUUAAAUUUUAAAUUUUGUUAGAUGCCAUUUCAAAUAUUGUACAAGAAUUCAUUCUUCAGUAGCAUUUCUUUUUAUUCAGACACCUGAAUAAUUUUAAUAAAAUUUAGCAAUAUUUAAAUAGCUUCUCUGACAUUUAAAAAAAAAUGUGGGCUUUUGACUACUUUGACUUUUAAAAAGUAUGGCAUCUUUACAAUUAAACUGAAAAGUCUUUUUGGCGGAAUAAGUGAGAAGACAGAACUUAAAAGAAGCAUUCGACUGAUAAUAAAAAUGGCAAAUACUACCUGUUAUUUAUACAAUCAAAACUCUUUCCUCAUACUCCAAAUUUUGUGUAUAUUUCUAGGCCUUAAGAGUUGAUGGUUUUAUUUAUGAUUUUGUAGAUUAAGUUAUUUAUGUAUGAAACAAAGUAGGAAAAUAUAUUUAAAAAAUUAUGUUUACAGAGGACUCUAGUGUGUCAUUUCUUGAAUGUAAACGUAUAUUUUUAAUGGACACUUAAGUAAUAUUUGAGAAACCAAACAAAACAACAAAAUUGCAGUGUUAUGUAUAUGUCAGUGACAAAAAUAAAGCCAUUUUGAUGGUA